AGAGAUAGUUACAACCUUGAUCAACUCAAGCAAUACUCAAGAGAAUGAAAAUCUACCCGUGAUGGCCAUUGUGGGAAUGGCCGGCUUGGGAAAAACAACUUUGGCUAAAUCUGUAUAUCAUCAAGAUGAGAUAGGCAGACGCUUCACUGAAAAAAUAUGGAUAUGUGUAUCUAUUCCUUUUGAGGUCAAGUCAAUUUUAAGCAAGAUCUUGGAACAUCUUAAACCGGAAAAGGCUAGGAUGCAAGACAAGGAUGCAAUAAUAAAAAAUCUUCAAGAAGAUCUGAAAGGGAGAAGAUAUUUGCUGGUACUGGAUGAUGUGUGGAAUGAAGAUUCUGAAAAAUGGAAUGACUUGAUGAGUUGUUUGUUAAGUGUUAAAGAUGCCCAAGGAAGCAACAUUCUUGUCACUACCCGGAGUGCGAGGGUUGCAUCAAUUUCACAGACACUUUCUAGGUAUGAUUUGCAAAAAUUAUCAGAUGAUCAAUGUUGGCUUAUUUUGAAGGAUAGAGCAUUUCCAAAUGAGAGUGAUCCUACUUUAAAUGAAGAUCAAGAGAGAAUUGGAAGGGACAUCGCCAAAAAGUGUGGAGGUAUUCCAUUAGUUGCAAAGGUUUUGGGAAGUAUGAUGCGGUUCAAAGAAAUUGAUGGUUGGCGGGUAAUUCAAGAAAGUACAAUAUGGGAUUUACCUCAAGAAGAAAAAAGAAUCUCAUCAGUUUUGAAGUUGAGUUUUAAUGAAUUGACAUCACCAACUUUGAAACAAUGUUUUGCCUAUUGCUCAAUGUUCACCAAAGAUUUUGAAAUUGAAAAGGAUGACUUGAUUCAACUUUGGAUGGCUCAAGGAUUGCUUCACCCUUCUCCCAACAAUAGUGAUCUAGAGAUGGAGGAUGUGGGAAAUCAAUAUUUCAAUAUUCUGUUGGAGAACUCUUUUUUUCAAGAUGUUAGAAUGGAUUACUAUUAUGGCACUAUUAUUACCACAUGCAAGAUACACGAUCUUGUGCAUGAUCUUGCAGAAGAUGUAUCAAAAUCAAAGACCAAGGGAUCCAAUGAGAUUCGACAUGUGCCGCAGAAUUCAACCAUAGAUCUACAAGAAAUUCCAAAAGGAAUUGUUCAUAAAGUGCGCUCAAUGUUUUUGAAAUGUGAAGUUCUUGAUAACAUCUUACCAAGAUUUAAAGGUUUGCGUGUCUUAAAAUUACAAGAGUCUGAUAUUGAUGAGUUGACAAAUUCAAUUGGAAAGCUGAAACACUUGAGGUAUCUAGAUAUUUCAGCAACAAAGAUCAAAAAGCUCCCCCAAUCUAUUGGCAAGCUUUAUAACCUACAGACGUUAAGAAUGCAUGAACUCGAACUUGAAGAGUUUCCCAAGGAACUGCAAAAUUUGAUCAACUUGAGACAUAUUCAUUUUGAGGAUUGGCAUGGAGAUGGAAGAUAUCCAGUUGGCAUGGGGCGGUUGAAAAAUCUGCGAUCAUUAUCCUUUUUCAUUGUGGGUAAGGAGAGAGGUCGUGGAAUAAAGGAGCUGGGUGGCUUAAAGCAUUUGAAAGGCGAAUUAUUUAUUAAACAUCUGGAGCAUGUGAGAGAUGGAGAAGAAGCAAAAGAGGCAAAGUUAGCAGAGAAGACAAACAUACGCAGACUAAGGUUUUCAUGGGGUUGUCUACGAGCAGGCAUCAAUAAUGACAGGGAUGUACUAGAAGGCCUUAAACCGCAUUCUGCAUUGAAAAGCUUAGAGAUUCGCAACUUUAGUGGUGAGACAUUUCCACCCUGGAUGAUGUGUGGAGAUUUAUUUUCUUCAUUGAAAAGAUUAACUGUUGAAAAUGCAAAGAACCUAACUGAAUGGAGGACGGAAGAAGCUGCAGUAUUUUCAAUAACAGAAAGAAGAGUGGUGUUUUCUCGCCUUGAGGAGUUGUUGUUGAGGAAUUGUGAUCAAUUGAGAAGUGCUCCCAUAGAUCAUUUUCCAUGUUUGCAGAAGUUGGAGAUAGAUUCCAUGAAUAGCGGCAUGCCGAUAGCUAAUAUUAUAAGCACUCAGCUGACGACUCUUACUCGUCUCACAAUAAAGAAGAUAAGGGGACUUGUUUCUCUGCCAGAAGGGAUGUUAAAAAACAACAAGAAUCUUGCAUAUUUGGAGAUAAGAGAUUGUCCUGAGUUCAUUUGUAUUGCUGCCGAUGUAUAUGGUUGUUGCGCAUCCCUUGAGUCACUGCAUAUUUCUUCCUGUCCUAAUCUUAGGUCUUUGCCUCAUGGGCUAGAACACUGCACCUCUCUUAAGGAGUUGACUAUAGCUCAUUGUGAAAGUCUGGAGUGCAUCCCAGUUACAAACGGCCUCCCAUCCCUCCGCGAAUUAUAUAUUUCAAAUUGUGAUGAAUUAUCAAGCCUACCGAGUGGGUUACAACAUUGUACCUCUCUUGAGCACUUGUCUAUUCACUCUUGCCGAAAUCUCAAAGCUUUUCCAGUCACAAACGGCCUCCCAUCCCUCCGCCUAUUAGUGAUUUCAGGUUGUGAUGAAUUAUCAAGCCUACCGAGUGGGUUACAACAUUGUACCUCUCUUGAGCACUUGUCUAUUCACUCUUGCCGAAAUCUCAAAGCUUUUCCAGUCACAAACGGCCUCCCAUCCCUCCGCCUAUUAGUGAUUUCAGGUUGUGAUGAAUUAUCAAGCCUACCGAGUGGGUUACAACAUUGUACCUCUCUUGAGCACUUGUCUAUUCACUCUUGCCGAAAUCUCAAAGCUUUUCCAGUCACAAACGGCCUCCCAUCCCUCCGCCUAUUAGUGAUUUCAGGUUGUGAUGAAUUAUCAAGCCUACCGAGUGGGUUACAACAUUGUAUCUCCCUUGAGUGCUUGUCAAUAAGGCAUUGCCGGAAUCUCGAAGCUAUUCCAAUCACACAUGGCCUGCCAUCCCUCCGCCAAUUAAAGAUUUCAUUUUGUGCUGAAUUAUCAAGCCUACCAAAUGGGUUACAACAUUGUACCUCUCUUGAGCACCUCAUCCCUCACCCGCUUAAAGCAAUUGGAAAUUGGUUGGUUCUGUGA